CCAAGAUGUGCCUAUUUUAAUUUUUAUCAUAUCUGAAAUAUUUUAUUUGCAGAAUGCUACUUGGGUUAGGAAUAGCUCUUUCUAUUUUAAAUCUGCCUCUUGAGUACUUAUCUUUGUGGAUUGAUAUGCCCUUUAUGAUUUUGCUCAGUGACAUACGGCAAGGAAUAUUUUAUGCAUCUUUACUAAGCUUCUGGCUUGUUUUCUGUGGUGAACAUCUUAUGGAAGGUAGAAAGGAUGAAGUAGAACGAAAUAGAUUGAGAAGUUACUGGCGAUAUCUUACCUCAGUUGCUUUUGGUUGUUUUUGCCUAUUCAUAUUUGACAUGUGCGAAAGGGGUGUGCAGUUGAAAAAUCCAUUUUUCAGCAUAUGGACAUCUAAAAUAGGAUCUAAACUGUCUCUUGGUUUUAUUGUAAUGGCUGGAAUAUCUGCAUGUGCAUAUUUCUUUUUCCUGUGUUAUUUAGUAAUAAAAGUUUUCAAAAAUAUUGGUUUUAAGAGGAAUACUUUGCCAAGCAUGAGCAGUACAAGAAGAAUGUAUUAUGAAGGCAUCAUUUACAGAUUUAAGUUUUUGAUGAUGGCAACUGUUCUAUGUGCAGCUUUAACUGUUAUAUCAUUCAUUAUUGGCCAAGUUAGUGAAGGACGUUGGAAAUGGGAUGAAAACAUAAGUGUUGAAUACACUUCUGCUGUUUUUACUGGUGUAUAUGGCAUGUGGAACCUCUAUACUAUUGCCCUUCUGGCACUGUAUGCACCUUCUCACAAGUAUUACCCAGCACAGUCAGAUGCUAUUUCAUCAACACAAGAAGAGAUAGAAUUUAGUCGACUUACAACUUCUGAGCCUUCACCAUCGGAGCCAACUGAGAUUUCCAGCCUCACUGGCUUAGCUAAAAAGGCUGCAUUUGAUUAAAAAUUGUGUAAAAUAAGUUAACAGCAUUUAACUUGAUUAUCUCAUAAAAUUAUUUUUUGUAUUUAGCUUUAUGUUUUCUUGUUUGACGCUUCAAGUUCAUAUCUAAGAAAUCAUAUGAGUUUUGAUUAAAACUAUGGAGUUUUAUUUUCAACAUCAAAGCAUUUAUUUCUGCCAUUUCAAGCUGCUGUGUUUUUUACAUAUAAAUAUGUCAUGAAUUAUUUUUUAUAUUGAUCAACGCAGGUGGAUAUAAUCUCAUUUCUCAAGCAUUUGGUAGGAUAUAUAAAUAAAGCAAAAUUUUAAAUGUUAUGUUUAUUAAAUAUUUUUUCCUGCAUAAAAUUAUUCAUUUGGUCAGAAAUUGUUUUUUAUUUUUUGCAAUUAUUUAGGUGGCUGGAAAGUAAUUUUGUCUUCCAAAGUGAAAAAAAAAAGUUAAUAUAAUUUUCAUAGAAUUUUUCUUAAGAUCUGUCUUAUUGAUUAUUACUAAUAAUAAAAAAUUCAGUUUUUAAUUUUUUUCAAUUCUUUCUUUUCAAAACUGAACUUUUAUUCAUGAUCAUUGUGUGUAUUUUAUGAGGUUACUAAACUAAUAACUUGUGAUCUCUGCCCAGUGUUGAGGGCAUACGUCAAUUAAUUGCACCUUGCUAAUAGAUAACAAAUGUAGAAUGUACCUAACAGUUACUACAUAUAUUAGUAAAAAAAUGUUUAAAAAUACCUAUUUAAAAUAUUUAAAAUCAGAUAUAGGAUAUGUUUUCCAUUAGGAUAACACAUAUCAAAGAAUUUUCUGAAGAAAGAUAUAUGUAUCAAUACUGUGCAUUGUUAGUUGUUAUUCCCACCUGUUAUAACAAAGUUUUUGUUUUAAAAGUAAUAACUGUCAAUAAAAAGUUUUUAAGGGAUUGCAUUCUAUUCCAUUUUUUGUUUAUUUAAGUAAAUUGACCUAAAAGAUAUAUUUCUUAUGAUUAGAAAUAUUUUACCAAUUCUCAAAAUGAGUUGAUGAUGAAAAUAUGUUUUCUCGCUGGAAUUUGGCACAAAUAUCUUUCAUGAAAAAGUAUUUUGGUGUGUAUUAUGAUAAUAGUGGAAAAGAUCUAAAAUAGAUUAAUAAAUUACUUAAUUGCUUUUCGGGAAGCCAAAGUUCCUUUCCUACCAAUAUAUGUAUUGUUUUAGCAAGAGGAGGAAAUUUAUUUAAAUAAUGUAAAUUGGACGAGUAGUGUAUAAAGUUAUACAAAUUUUAAUAUUUAAAGAAUCAUAUCUCAAAAAAGUAGUGAACGCACAAGCUUUUAUUAAAGUUUCCAUGUUUUGUAUUGUGUGAUUUUAUAACUGUUUGCAGCUAAUAUCCUGACCCUUUUAUAACUGUAGGGACCACUUAAAUGAAUUUUUUCUGUAAAACAUGUUACCUAUUAUUGUGUUCUACAAAACCGAAUGUUAGAUUCCUUGAAAUUCACAUUGUUACGAAAACAAUUUGUAUGGAGUUUUAACCAGUUGUACAGCCAUUUAUUGACUUGAUAGUUUAGAAAUUUUAAUUUACUAGAUUUGUAUAUAUGUAACUGUUAUAUUAUAUCAGUUUGCAGAAGUAUUUAUGUAGUUUUUUUAUGUUCAGAUUUCUGUUGAAAUUUAUGUGCAUUUGCCCUUAAUUUUCUGACAUCAUUAUUUCCAAAUUUCUGUUAAUCAUUAAAUAUUUCUUUUCCCCAAAAAAUGCAUAUGUUUAAUGUAAAGGACAUUAUUUCUUAUGUACUAUUCCAAAUUCUAUGUAUCAUUUUUUAUUAAAAGUGAACAUUGUAAAAAGCUAUCUAAAUUUUAAAUACUGUGAUUUGGCAACUACUCCUUCUUCAUACGUUAAACAGUAAAUAGCAAAAUCAUAUGUUAAAAAGAUAAUGGUUUAAUUAAUUUCAAUAAAAUGUGUCUGACAGAUUUUGAUAAUAUAGACAGUAAUGUACAUUACAGAGAACUGCAUUGAAAAUUUGGUAAUUUAUUAUUAAAAUAUUAGCAUAUAGAAUCUGAAUUCUUUAAUUGGGGUAUAUGUUUAAUUGAAAGAUUUUUCAGGCUCAACAAUGAGAAUUUACAAAAUUGUUAUUGAGUUUCUUCCCUCUAGAAAUUUAUCACUCUUCUUGUAAAAGCUCUUGAAAUUAUAGAAAAUGUAAGAAAAGUAGAGCAGUUAAAAGUUAAACAUCUUUAUUGAAUUUAGCUUAGGUAACCUAGAUAACUUUGGUAAAGCUUAUUGUUAUAUUAUUUGUUGGACUAUCAAGAAAACAAUGUAUAGUCAGAAAGUGUAUUCAUUAACUUAGGAUUGAAAAGAAAUAGCUUCAGAACCAUGUUGGCAAUCAACAUUUUUGUAAAAAUUCUUUGCCAAUACUGAUUAAUAUUCCAAAAAUCUAUGGCAAUAUUCCAGUCCAUGGAUCAAUCUGAAAAUUAAUUUGGGACUGUAAGCUCUUGUCUUCAUAUUGUGUUCCAUACAAGCUUUUUUAAAAGUUCUGGUAAAGUGAACAUUUCAAAAAUAUUUUGAAUAAUAUGUUACCUGAAAAGCUAAACAUCUAUAAAGAUUAAUUAAGCCAUUUUUAUUUGUAUAGUUAUCUAAAAUAAUAUGAACUAGAAUAGUUUUCACAAGACUAAUUAUAGUAGAAUUCCAUUUUCUGUGUAGUGGUAUAUGGAACACUGGUAUAUUUAAAUUGCUUUUUUAAUAUUUGUAAUUACUUAUCUAUUAAUGGUAGCUGUUUAAAAAAAAUGCACCCACCGAAUCAUCAAAUCUUGAAGGCCACUGGGCUUGAGCAUAUUCUAUCAUUAAUUUACAAUUGUGCAUAUUUUCAAGGUCAAAUUUAUUAGAUUUAUUUAUAUGAGAGAAUAUCAGUGAUACAAUUAACUAAUCACAUCAUAUAAAAAUAAUUGUCAGACCUUCUAUAUGCAGUUUUUGUAAGAAGAAUUUUUCCAUAAAUGCAGAGUUGUCUGAAGCUUGCUACUGUGCAAUUUAAAAAAAAAAAAAAAAAAAAAAAAUUAUUUUUUAUUUGGGAGAAAGUAAUUCUUCAUCAGUGGUGUCUUCAGCUAUCUAGGAAUGAACUUUUUAAAGAUAUUUUAAUACUUCUUGACAAUAACUUUUACAUUUCACCCUUUAAUUACCUUGAUUGAUCUAGUCAACUCAUAACUGUACACAGCCUUCCCAUUUGAUUUCAUCAAACGAUAUCAGUAACAUUUGCUAAUCUGUUUUUUAUGGCAAGAUAUUCAUUUUAGUUGAACUUAGCAUUUAUUUAUGGAUUUGAAACAUUAAUAGCUUUUUUACAUGUAUUUUUAUAUAAAAUUAGCAUAAAGUAAAAUGGCUUAACUUUUGAGUCUUAAGAGUAUGUAAAUGAUGUAUUUAUUGUUACCAGUCUAAAAAAAAAUCAAAAUGUACUGCAUGGAAAAAGGCUAUUUUAUCAACUUUUUCCUUGAUUUAAAGUAGUUAUGUUUGUUUGGUUUUCAGUACCUAAAAGUUCCAUUUAAAUGCAAUAAAUCUGUAAACCAGAGUG